UACAGAUAAACCUAUAAAAGUGAAAAAAUUUUAUUUUCUGCUCUUGAACCAUUCUGCUUUAUGCUCCGCCUCCCCUCAGCUGCUAGUUAAGACCGAACUUAUUUACGAUCAUCCAACAAAAAAAAAACAGAUUUACUGUCGAUAAUUCUCCGUCUCCGCUUUUUCAAAGCUCAGAAGACGUAGCCGGCGUCAGAAGCCGUAGCAUAAGAAUAUGUUGUGUUGCUCACACAUGUUUUUCAAUUGACUGUAUAUUCCUUUAACGGUUAAAAAUUACUUGUUGUGGAAGGAACACAGAACACAACACACAUCACGUCUUCAGUCAAGCCACCGAUGGUGUUUAGUACAUGGGGACUUGAGCAAUCUUCAAUGGAAUAGUUCAGUGACUGAAAUAUGUGGCCAUUAUAAUAUAUAGUUCACACUUUUUAUCUCCUUUCAUGCGAUAUUAACUCGUUUUAUUUUGUUUUUUAUCGUUAUCGUAAAACGUCUCAUUAACUUGUUUGAAGAGAGUUGUUUGAAGAGAGUCAACUCAAUCGUUACAGCAAUCAAGACUUCGAUAGAAAAAUGAGCAGUUACAAGAAAUCGGACAAAGAUGCCAUCGUUUCAAUCGAGACAACCAUCUCACUCCAGCAACCUCCAGAUCCGCACCUUCGGUUUAAACGAUACCUAUCACUCGCAAUCUUAGCCAUCCAAAAUGCCGUGCUUGUUCUCAUCGCUCGUUACUCCAGAACAAUGCCUGGAGAACGAUUUUUUUCGACAACGGCGGUUGUCGUUCAGGAAUUACUCAAGCUCAUAACGAGCGCAGUCAUCAUUAUUUUUUAUUCCGGUGGCUUAAGAGGCCUCUUUUCAGAGAUAGACAAAAACAUCAUCAAGGCUCCUUGGGACACCUUGAGAGUAUCAGUUCCAGCUAUUCUCUAUGUCAUCCAGAAUAACUUAUUUUACGUUGCAGUAUCCAACCUCCCCGCCGCAACAUUUCAAGUUGUAUUUCAGUCCAAAAUCCUCACAACGGCUCUUUUUGCAGUGCUUAUUCUGAAUCAGAAACUAUCCGCGACCAAGUGGUUAUCUUUAGUUGUGUUAACGGUGGGAAUCGCGACAGUCCAAGUCGAGACCACGGUAUCCAAAGAGACCAAAGAACUGAACACAGAAGCACAGAGUCCAAUCCUGGGUUUCAUUGCAGUUAUCGCAGCUAGCUUGACAUCUGGCUUCGCUGGUGUCUACUUCGAAAAGAUCCUUAAAGACUCUCAAGUUUCAGUCUGGAUGAGAAAUAUUCAGCUGGCUAUCUUCGGAUGUACCUUAGGUUUAGUAGCCGUUUGGGUAAACGACGGCCCACAAGUCAUGGAAUUGGGAUUCUUUUAUGGUUACAACCGCUACACAGUUGGAGUGAUCCUUAACCAGGCCCUUGGUGGGUUGAUUGUGGCUUGUGUAGUGAAAUAUGCCGACAACAUCCUCAAAGGCUUUGCCACUUCAAUAGCAAUAAUAGUGUCAUGCGUUUGCUCUAUAUUUAUAUUCAGUUUUCAUAUCACGCCUACGUUCAUCAUUGGUGCCAUUAUGGUUAUCCUAUCCGUUUGUAUGUACAGUGGAACGAAGUGAGCACAGUGAAGGAGUCGUAAUGGAAACACAUGGGUAUUUCAAUUUAUCACUUUACACGGCCGCAAGAUCACAAUAACAUUGUUAAUUUAUAUUUGUCAACGUCAAUAAUAUUCUAUAUUUAUGUAUUUAUGUUUCGUUGUUAAAGCAAAAAAG